CUCGGAAAAAAGGAAGAGAAUUUCAUUCAAUUCAAAGGGAAAGGAAGAAAAUUUGUAAUCGGAGAAGAAAAGGGUGUUUGUUUGUGGGGGUGGAAUUGUUUACGUAUGUAAUGCAUCAGAAGAAAUCGGAAGUUCAGAUCGGAAAGGACAGCAGCGGCGUCUCUUCCGAUUUCAAUCCGAUCUUUUCCUCUGUUUACCAGAAGCAGCAGCAUUUUCAACCACAAUUUGAUACCACCAUAGUCAGGCCGAGUAAUAUUGCGUUUUUUCCUCAAAUCAUCACCCAGACACCUCCCCAGAGUGACCCAAUUGCUCCGCCGGCGUCUUCCUCCGCCUCCUCGUCGGCUCCCUACAAAAGGCCUCUUUUGACGCAUCCCCAGUCUCGCUCUAUCCCCAAAUCGCCGACUCUGUACCAUUUCUCGACGACCCCUCUUUUCAAUUCCCAAAAUACCCGUUCCCUCUUCUCCAUCUCCAUUGCUUUCAAGUCUGCUGCUUAUAGAAUUGCCCGCCGUUUCAAACAUCUUCGCCGUCUCCGUGCCCAUAUCCGUUUGAUCCUGCUUUUAUCUCUCCCCUUUUUCUAUUUCUUAGUCUCCCAUCCAACCCACUCUUUCCUGCUUGAUUUUCUCUCUGCUUUUGCAUUCUCUGCUGCUCUUCUCUUCUCCCUCAACCUCGCCCUCCCUCGCCUCCCAUCUAUACGCUUGUUCCUGGCACGUUCUUUUCCAAUUAAGCUUACCUCCUCUUCUUCAAUAACUAGGGCACCUUUGCCGGUGUUUUGGUCUAUAGGGUCUAGGCCCAAAUCCGAGAAGAGGACGAAUUCGGGAUGUUGGGUGCAGGUUUAUAAAAACGGCGAUGCAUACGAGGGGGAAUUUCAUAAGGGGAAGUGUUCAGGGAGCGGUGUGUAUUACUAUUACAUGAGUGGGCGAUACGAGGGGGAUUGGGUUGACGGGAAAUAUGAUGGAUAUGGGGUGGAGACGUGGGCAAGAGGAAGCAGGUAUCGUGGCCAGUAUAGGCAGGGUCUCAGGCAUGGAUUUGGAGUGUACAGGUUUUAUACAGGAGAUGUUUAUGCCGGAGAGUGGUCUAAUGGUCAGAGUCAUGGGUGUGGAGUGCAUACAUGUGAAGAUGGCAGCAGAUAUGUUGGGGAAUUCAAGUGGGGCGUCAAGCAUGGACUUGGCCAUUACCAUUUUAGGAAUGGAGAUACAUAUGCUGGAGAAUAUUUUGCAGACAAGAUGCAUGGGUUUGGUGUAUAUUGUUUUGCAAAUGGGCAUAGGUAUGAGGGUGCUUGGCAUGAGGGUCGGAGGCAAGGGCUUGGAAUGUAUACAUUUAGAAAUGGGGAGACACAAUCUGGUCACUGGCAAAAUGGAAUACUUGAUGUCCCAAGCACACAGAACACUACAUUUCCUAUAUCUCCUGUAGCUGUUUAUCACUCUAAGGUCCUUAAUGCCGUGCAGGAGGCUCGACGGGCAGCUGAGAGAGCAUAUGACGUGGCCAAGGUAGAUGAGAGGGUUAGCAGAGCAGUAGCUGCUGCUAAUAAGGCAGCCAAUGCAGCUAGAGUAGCAGCAGUUAAAGCAGUCCAAAAGCAAAUACAUGACAAUAAUACCAAUGAUAACAUUCAUAUUUCCAUUGUCUGAUACUUCUGACAAUAGCUCAUUCUUGGCUGAAGAUACAUAAACCAACAGCAAGAGGAUAUGGGGCCUUUGUGUUUUUUUCAAAUAGCUUUGCAUUUCAUACUGACAUCUCCUUGGUUUCAAAUCUUCUUUUAAGAGACUAUAUUUGGUGUGCCUUCAUAUUGAUGUCUGGCAUGGAGAAAGAUGGCUGGAGAGGACUGAGUCCUUUUAACUUCAACAGCUUACAUGCAGAGAGGGAGUUGCCAGUAGUUAGGGGUGGGGAGGGGUGAAUUAGAGUUUUAGGAUGGCAAAUGAUGACAUCCUCUGUCAGAAAUAAUUUUUGCAUUCCCUUCUUGGUGCAGUUUUGUAUAGAUGAGCUAGAUGUAAGAGUGCUGGCGUGUAGGUGAAGGUGAAGGGGAAACCCUUGGCCCUUGGCCAGCUUCUGUUGUAACUCGAAUUUGAACUUAUCUUUGAAAUGAAGUAUAAACAUGCCUCUAGAAAAGGCAUUUCUCAUUGAAGUAUACGCCUAGUUUUAAUCUCCUAUACAUGUUGAUGUAUUUUCCAAUAAAAACACAAUCACAAG